GGAAAGCUACCUUCUGUUGGUGUUAACUGAAAAAUGGCAGACCAGGUGAUACUGUUGCCUAUUGGUCUGUCUGUGGGUCUCUUAUUGCUGCUGCUGCUGGGUCUCUUAGUGUACUAUCUAUGGAGGAAGAAUAAGGGGCAGAGUCAGUAUGAGGAGCUGCUCUCUACUGUGCCUUCAGUACCACCAUGCUCUGCUCCAGUGAUCCUGGUGUCUCAGAGCCCCUGGGCCACACCCAGUGAGAUCCCUUUCACCUUGCCUCCUCGCUUCAUAACACAAAACCAUGGUGACCUGGAAAAUGAGGAGAUGAAGAUGGAGGCCCGGAGGGACAUACUAGCCCAUCGUGGGUCACUCUCAGUAAGCACAUGGUACCCAGUGGGGACGGUACUGGCCGGCCUCUACUCUGUUCCUCCUCUGAACGAGGUGGUGGCCCCCCCCCCUGGCAUGGCCACCCGUCUCUGCUUCUCUGUGGAGUAUCGACACAGCAGCGAGCAGCUCAUGGUCUCCUUGCUCCGCCUCGGCAACCUCCCUCCCCGUUUCCACGGCAACGUCACGCUGGUGGAGCUGCGGCUACUCCCUGACGACCGGAGGCCCCGCCAGGCCAAGGCACGGGGCACGGGGCCCGACCCGGAGUUCAACGACUGCUUGGUUUUCCAGGUGUCAGGAGUGUGCGUGCCUCAGAGCACCCUGACUGUGUGUGUGCUGAGUGUGGAGCAAGAUGGUAAACGCCACGUGGUGGGCAGGAUUCUGUUUCCUCUGGAGGGGGAGCUCGGUCAGGCUGGCAGGGUGCUCUGGAGGGACCUGGAGACGGAGGAUGACACACAGUGUUCAGAGCUGGGUGAUAUGCAGAUAUCUCUCAGCUACAGUCCAACUCUGCAGCGCCUCUCUGUGGUGGUUCUGAGGGCUCGAGGCCUACAGCUGCUCUCAAACACAGGUGUGUGUGUCCAGGUGAGCUUACAGAUACACACUCAGGUGGUGAAGAUCAAGCGCAGCUGUGUGUUGAAAUGUGACAGUGACCCCCAUUUCAACCACAGGAUAACCUUUAAACUCCGCUCGCAGCACUUGGACGAGGCCUGCCUGAGAUUCGAGCUGCAGCAGCCAAACAGUGUCUGCUCAGAGCCUCCAGCCCUGCUCGGAGUGCUGGUGUUGGGUCCCUUCAUGUACGCCAGGGGCCUGCAGCUGCAGCACUGGAUGGACAUGGUCAACACACCACAGGAGCCGGUCGAGCUGUGGCAUGGACUGGGCAGGGCCACGUAAACACCCUAAAACAAUCAUUUGCAAAAAGCCAUGUCCAAUAAA